GUAUGUGUGCUCAUGUGUGUACUUGUGCAUGUGUGGGCAAGUUCAUUUUGAGCCUGGAGCUCAACUUCAGAUAUCAUUUAUCAAUUGCUGUCUUGCUCCCUGUUCUUUUGUGCCAGCAUCUAGCAUUGUCUGGGACCUCAAUGCAUGGCUAGACCAGCUAACCAGUAAGCCUCCAGGAUCCACAUUGGUGGGUUUACAAACGAGCCACCACUCCUGGCUUUCAUGUAGCAUUUGAGAUCAAACUCAAGUCCUUGCCCUUGCACCUUCUCCCAGCCCAUCUUUUCCUCAUUUCAACAAACAUUUUCAUUCAUUUAUCAAUGUGUUUGAAUAAUAGGUGGAUUUUGGGUGUAAUUUUUAGUAUAUUUUAUUUUUAAUUAUGGUUGUGUCAGCAGAGACAGUUGUUUGGAUUAAUUCCCAGUCUACCAGAUUUCUGGAAACAGAAGUGCUAAAUCCAUUUUCCACACUCACACUGGAAUUGUGGCUUUACAAAUUCAAUAUAAGCCUAUAACAUUCAUACUUAGAAUUUACAAGCACCUCCCCAUCACCUUCUAAGUCAUAAGCUUCUAAAUGGCAUGCACUUCCAUGCUUUAGAGUCUGCUCCUGCCAGUAUUCCAACCUCAUUCUGAAUGCCUCCUUCUCUUUUCUUCCUUCUCAAUAGCACAAAAUUGCUUGCAGCUGAGGUGAAUCGGGCUGCUCCAUCGCCAAGUGUCUUCUUACUUUUGCUACUUCACUUACCCGGAGACUUUGCAAUUUUCACUGCCUUCUUCAGAUGAAUAAAGCUACUUAUAUUAAGUACCAAUUCUAGGAAGCCCUGCUUGAAAAUUCUGUGAAACAUCCAUACACACACUCACACACACAUUCUCAUACAAACACACACAUACAUGAAAGACAGACAGAGAGAGACAGAGACAGAGACAGAGACAGAGAGAAUCUUGUAUUUCUCACAGUUAUAGUUACAGAUCCUGAGCAUGGAGAGUUUUCAUCCUUUUGUAUGUUUGUAGUCUGUAUCUUACUGCAUUUUCAUGUAUUUCAAAUUGAGGAGAGGCUGUUACUUGAACAUAAAGUCUGCUAGAGAUUAGAGGAUUCUGUUAGGACCCAGUGAUUAUAGGAAGACAAUCUUAAGGAUGUGUUUGAUCUACUUACACUUGCAUUACUCACAUGGGCCAAAUAUUACUUUUAGGAUUUAGUAACCAGACCUGGGGGAAAACUGACCACCAAUUUUUCAGUUAUUUUCAUCUUACAUUUUCAAAGCUUUCUUUCAUUAACAAAAGGAUCUAUUUUUACCAUUGUAUUUUCUAAUGAAUCAUUUAUUUGUUAUUUAUGUGCAUGACUAUGCUUCUGAAUGAGUUAUCAUGUACCACAUGCACACAAGCACCUGCAGAUGCCAGAAGAAGGUCUCCUGGAACUACAGUGACAGGUGACUCUGAGCUGCCCUGUGGAUGCUGGAAUUGAACCUGGGUCCCCUGGAAGAUCAGUACCUGUAGAAGCCAGAAGAGGGCAUCAAUUCCCUGAAACUGGAGUUACAAGUAUCUGUGAUAUGGGUCCUGGGGAUGAAACUUGUUUUUAAAUCUCUAACAGUGACAGAUAAGAAGAAAGUCAUAGCACUUACUGUAAGGUUUCUUACCAAGAGGUUCAUUGGAGAAUAUGCUUCUAAUUUUGAAUCUGUCUAUAAUAAGCACUUGUGUUUGGAAGGGAAACCACUGAAUCUGGAAAUAUAUGACCCAUGUUCUCAACCACAGAAAGCAAAAUGCUCCCUCACAAGUGAGCUGCACUGGGCAGAUGGGUUUGUGAUUGUGUAUGACAUCAGUGACAGGCCUUCCUUUGCUUUUGCAAAAGCCCUUAUCUACAGAAUUCGGGAGCCACCGACGACUCAUUGUAAAAGGAUGGUGGAACCAGCUGUGGUUUUAGUUGGCAACAAGCAAGACCUCUGCCACACGCGACAGGUUGGCUGGGAUGAAGGACAAAAGCUAGCGAUAGAUUUCCGCUGCCAAUUCUGUGAGCUGUCUGCAGCAGAGCAGUACCUGGAGGUGGAGGUGAUGUUUCUCAGACUCAUCAAGGACAUUCUGAUGAUCUUCAAACACAAGGAGAAGAGGAGACCCAGUGGGUCUAAAUCAAUGGCCAAAUUGAUCAAUAACGUAUUUGGAAAGAGAAGGAAAUCUGUUUAGUAGACAUGUAAUCUAGGGGACUUGGUCCAUCAGAGAGUUUCAAACACUUAGAUGAAAAACUUAUGAUUUAUACAACUCAAAGAUUUUUUGGGGAUAUAUGAAUAAAUGAAAAUGAGUUAUGGUUGAAUUUUAAAAUAUGUAACUUAUCUUUUUGGUUAUAUCUGGUUCACAUUGUUUUUCACAUAAACUUUCACUUCUUGUAAAAGCAAAUACACACUUGGGUGUAUCAUUGGAGAGCUGUCCUUCAUGCCUUGCUGAGUAAUCUCUGCACAUGUUGUUCUAUUAAAGUACUGUUUUAAUGUGUGGUUCACUUUUAUAUUCUGUCACUGUUUUGAGUAAAACAUACAGAUAUUCAUACAGCUAAUGCAUUGUAGGGCAUAAGUUAUCAAUUGUAAAGUGACUUCAUGAUAUUUAACCGAUUUUUGCUUAAAAACAUGUUUUAUUGUUGGAUAUGUUAAAUUACCUAUCCACGAAUAAAUAUUUUACAGUUGAUGCAAUAAUGAAAAAGUUGUUGUAUG